UCGGUCCGGCCCAUCAACGUCCGCCGCCGGAAACUCAGGGCAGCCAAAACCCUAGCCCACCUAUAUAAGUAGCGACCCAGGCAAACCAUUCCAGUCGGAUCUUCUCCAGCCGCCGCCAUGUCGAAGCGAGGGAGGGGAGGUUCCGCGGGGAACAAGUUCCGCAUGUCGCUGGGUCUGCCGGUGGCGGCGACGGUGAACUGCGCGGACAACACCGGCGCGAAGAACCUCUACAUCAUCUCCGUCAAGGGCAUCAAGGGCCGGCUCAACCGGCUCCCGUCCGCCUGCGUCGGCGACAUGGUCAUGGCCACCGUCAAGAAGGGGAAGCCCGAUCUCCGUAAGAAAGUCAUGCCCGCCGUCAUCAUCCGCCAGCGCAAGCCGUGGCGCCGCAAGGACGGAGUCUUCAUGUACUUCGAAGAUAAUGCUGGAGUGAUUGUCAAUCCGAAGGGUGAGAUGAAAGGAUCUGCUAUCACUGGACCCGUUGGCAAGGAGUGUGCUGACCUUUGGCCAAGGAUUGCCAGCAACGCAAAUGCCAUUGUUUGAGAGCUGAUGAGACAGUAUUGUUUGCAACCGUGCUGCUAGGAAUUUUUUGGAACAGCUGUGUUACUACAUUUUGUUUUGGCUUCGUGGUUUAGUAGUGAACAGAAGAAGUUUGUCUACCAGUAUAGUCUUUGUCUAUCAGUUAUAUGCACUGUUUUUGUGAAAAAUUUUUGUCAUGAUUUUACUCUACAGCCUCUUGGUUGCUGCUGGCAACUGAAUUUAGUCCUGGACAAGCGUGCUGGGUUUUUUGUGUUCUCGGUUUGAUCUGAUCCGAAUUUUUAUGUA